CCCGAGCACAAAGCUAGUGUGCGGCUUUCACUGACUGUGACACAGGAAUGUCCUUCCCUGGCGCCUCGGAUGCUCACGGAUUAUAAAUCUUCAAUCAGAUAUUGGACAACUGGGGAGUAUGAGCUCAGGAGUGGAUGACGGCAGACAAAACAUCAGCAAGCCCUACGCUGGCUGAUCUCAGCGCAGAGACGAGACCUCGUUUAGGGUGAAUGUGAAGGAGCUGUGGUGAGCCGAGGCCUGAAGGCAUUUCCAUUUCUGAGAUGUCAGUCAAACGAGCAGACGGGAUGUCCAUCGCCCAGGCUUUGGCCAUGACUGUCGCAGAGAUACCAGUGUUUCUCUAUUCCACAUUUGGGCAGUCUAUAUUUUCUCAGCUGAAGCUUACCCCAAGCUUGAAGAAGGUGCUGUUUGCCACAGCACUGGGCAGUGUCGCCCUGGCUCUCACCGCUCAUCAGCUGAAAAGACGGGGGAGAAAAAGGAAGCAGGUAACACAAGGGAAGGAGGGCCAGAAGACGGUGGGAAUACCUGAGGCGCUGAUGAAGACAGGGAGACCCUCAUCACUAAAGAGAGGCCCGUUUCCUGGCCGACAGAUGAUGAGUCCCAGCACACGGAGCAAUGACACCAUGAGUGGGAUUUCUUCCCUGGCCCCCAGUAAACACUCAAGUUCCUCACACAGCCUGGCAUCUAUGCGGGUACCAAGCUCUCCAAAUCAGUCUGCCAAUCCAUCCACCCCCUGGGAAGCAGAGCCUGUGGUGGAAGAGUCAGGGGCAGUAGAGGAUGCAAAUGCAGAGAACCUCUAUAUAAUGGGGAUGGAGCUGUUUGAGGAAGCUCUACGAAAGUGGGAACAGGCCCUGAAUAUCCGCCAUCACCCCCACUCGACCUCCAGUAACAACAGCCUCGCUCUGCAGGGGGCAACGUCUGCAGACUUUCCUGUGGUUGAAACUCGUAAUAAAGUGUUUGCUGAGAAGCUGGAGACGCUACUGCACAGAGCGUACCACCUACAAGAGGACUUUGGCAGCAGUAUCCCAACAGACAGCGUACUGGCAGAUUUUGUCAGAGUUUGUGGUGUUCCUUUGGCAGAGAGUGAAGGAACUCUUAUCCUGCCUCAAGUGGAGAGUUUCCACAGACUGCAAGAUGAUGAUGCGACUACUGUUACCUCUGACGAGUCCUUCUUCUCGGCUGCAGAGCUGUUUGAUGCCAUGUCUCUGGAAGAUGUCUACCAGCCACUAAAGCCAUCUGCUCUUUAUGAGGACGCCUUGUCUCUGGUCAGGGAGGGUAAAGUGGCCUACAGGACCUUGAGGACUGAAUUGCUUGAAUGUUAUGGUGACCAAGACUUCCUUGCCAAGCUUCAGUGUGUGAGACAAGCAUUCCAGCUCCUGUUGUUAGAUGAAACUCACCGCACAUUUUUCAUGGAAACCGGGAAGCAAAUGAUUGCAGGGUUGAUGGUGAAGGCAAACAAGAGUCCCAAAGCCUUCCUGGAGAGCUACGAGGACAUGCUGCUUUAUACUCAGAGAGAGGAAACGUGGCCCAUCACUAAGAUGGAGCUGGAGGGCCGAGGGGUUGUGUGCAUGAACUUUUUCGACAUCGUGUUGGACUUCAUCCUCAUGGAUGCAUUUGAAGACCUGGAGAGCCCUCCCUCCUCUGUGGUGGCUGUGUUGAGGAACCGCUGGCUCUCUGACAGCUUCAAAGAGACGGCUCUUGCGACGGCUUGCUGGUCUGUCCUAAAAGCGAAAAGGCGGCUUCUGAUGGUGCCUGAUGGUUUUAUCUCCCACUUCUAUGCCAUAUCAGAACAUGUGAGCCCAGUUUUAGCAUUUGGGUUUUUGGGACCCAGGCAGCACCUAAGUGAAGUAUGCACUAUUUUCAAGCAACAAAUCGUGCAGUACCUUAAGGAUAUGUUUGAUCACGACAAGGUCCGCUUCACCUCUUGUCACUGCUUAGCCGAGGACAUCCUGAACCUUUCCCACCGCCGGAGUGAGAUUUUACUGGGGUAUCUGGGAAUUAAUAGCCUUCUGGAGCUCAAUGGUGCCCUGCCCAGAGACACACAGGGCUCUUCAGGGCCCAAUUAAGACAAGAUAAGGGCUUCAAUGGGCUUGUACAGGCCGAAUGCGGUGAGCUGACCAGUAGGGAGCAACAAGGACUCGCAGCUCAACACUCAUUCUGUAACCACAUUAAGACUGGAUUGAAUCAUGCUCCUGUGACACACUGAGAACCAGCAUCAUUCAUUCAUUUGUGUUCAUCAAACACAACUUGAUAUGAGAAGGAUAUAUUUGCACCAGAUACAGUGUCACUGGUACUAACGAGGGAGACCGCUUGGAUCAAAUGAAUCCAUCUUUCCCUUGUUAUCAGCUGCUGUGUUGCAUAUCAAAAAUGCCUACUGUAGUCAUGUAACCUAAGACAUGUGAGGACUUGUCUCUGCCUUGUUUAGUGACAUGGAUACACACCAGAGUGAAGUGCUCCCAACACAUGAAGACUGGGCCUUCUACCUUGUUGCUCCACAUGGAUCAAGUCUGUUUGGAGAACCAGUGGUGGCAUUGUUACCUUCCAUUCAUUUGACUUGUGGGAUAUCAGUCUUCAUUGUUAUGUGAAAAGAAACGGUGUGAGAGUCUGUCGACACUGUGCGUUUGUAUGCUUUAUAAUAUAGGAGGUUGAAUAUUUGUUAAAACCGUGGUAAUUACUGAGAGGCUUGGCCAGCUGAAGAAUUGUGAUGGACAUAAUGGAUUCAUCUGCUCACUGAUUGCUCUUGAAUCCUUUUUAAUCUGAAGAAACAUGUAUUCCAGUUUGGUUUAAUCGAGCAGCGUAAUAUUUCACAUAUCAAAGAGACUGUUAAAUGCAAAAAGACAUCAUGGGAAAGUAGUAGAGGGUACUAACAUGUUAAUAUUGUCGAGGUUAAACUAUCCCAAAGCUAUAUUUUGACCCCAGACCACAGCUGUCUUCUGUCGCAAAUAUACCUUUCUAAGUCACAAUGAUCCCUCAGAUUUGAUCUGGCAAUAGAUGACAUGAUAUUAUCAGUUUUAAGUGCCGCAGAGGCACAAAAAGAAACUUCCCACCACCGAUAACGCAAUACCAGGUGUGAAGACAUCUGUUUAUCACACAGAGGACUAUCGCAAGUGUCUCAAACAGUGUAACACACCAGUGCUCUCAGGGGGUAGGAACUAACAUUAUAACUUGAAAUCAAACGUAUGAAAUGUGUUAUUUAUUGACUAACACAUUAAAUGUUUCUUCAAAUUUAAACAAUAAAUGUAUUUAUUGUUUUUCAAAUAUUUGGGCCUAACUUGUACAACAUGCUAAGCUUUAAUUCCCUGAAUGAAAGAAAGAAAUUAUUCAAGUGAGACACAAGUUAUAUGAAGAUAUAAAUCAAAUUAUCGAUUUAUUUUUCAUGGCCGACAUUUUGACUUGUCAUAGUAGGAAAAGCACAGGUGCUACUUAAACUCUGUUAGUUCACGUGUCCCACUGAGCUGUGACAGAGAGCCAGAAGGCUGAAACUAAAGCAGCUAAAUGGAAUUCAGACAUAAAUUUUUACACCUGUGCUUUUCUUCCUGUGACCUGUCAGAACGUCUUCCAUGAUGAAGGCCUACGGGUGUGUCACAAAGCACAUGCCGUCGUCUGACAUCUUCAGAGACUUUGUAACAAACAGUCUUGCGUAGAAAUGCACGUUGGUGUUUUCCUUCACUAUACACAUACUAUGUGUCCCUCACUUUGCUCCUGGCAUAUUUUAAAAUUGACACGACCUCUGAAUCCAUCAGUGCCAUGUGCUAGUCUUAGUGAGGAUGUUGUUGUUUUAUUUCAUGAAGGCCUGUGAUAAAGAACUGGGCAUUGUACAGUCGGACUGUAACCUACAUAAGUGCACUGAUGACAACCCCCGACUUCUCUUUGUUUCCCCAAUACUGUGGACUUGUUGGAGCACAGAGAGACACUGAAGGGGCACUAAGAUGCCAAGUAAAUUAAAACAUGGGUAACUCCACUACUGUAAAAGCAGAAAUGUGUUAUGCAGACUGUACUUAUUUGUUUAAGAAGCUGUCAUAUACUAAAUCAUCUAAAUGAAAUAAGAUGAAGAGAUUAUUUAUUGUUAACAGCAGUUGAAGCACAGUGUGAAUGCGCUUAUGGUUUCCUGUGUGAAUGAGAAAAGGGAAGACGUUUCUGUCAAAUCAUUUUGUGGUUUCGUAGAUCUUUCAUUACUUUAAUCAUACAAAUUAGCAGCUCUUUGUUAUUCAUAAUCACGUAAGCCUGUGUCUUGUGGUCUUGAUAAUCCAAAUCCUGCUCUUGUUGCAACACGCUUCUGAAAUUCAGAGCUCAGAAAUGUUACAUGUCGCAAUACAAUACCUUUGUGUUCUCCUUUAAAGAGUAAGCAUUGUGGGGUUGUUUCUGUUUCUGUCUAGGAUUUACUUCCUACUGUAAAUGGAGCUUUACAGAACAUAGUUUAGUUUGUUUUGACAGAUGUGCAGCUUUGUGUUUUUUAAGCAUUUUGCACUUUAUCAGAAAAGCAGAAAGAGACAGGAAUGUCAAGCAACCCUUUUUGAAUAAGUGUGCGGGUUUAACUAUACAAACAAUGAAUUAUUUAUUGCAUCAUGAAACUGACAUCAUAUUGAGAACUUAGAGCAUAAAUGCUGUACAGUAGAGAAACUAUCUUUCCCAGAAAACUAUAUUAUGGAAAUGGUUUAUUUUAGUUACUUUCCAAAGUUAUGUGUCCAAAUGCGCCUGUUUUAGCUUCCUGAUGUGUGUGGUCCAAUCCAUUCUCCCAUGUUUAAGUCCCGUUAUUGUAGCCCAUCAAGUAUAUUUGCAGGUAAAUGCAAUCAUGGAAAAAUGCUAAUCUUUAGUCUUGUGAUAAAAUAAUGGUCUGCUUCUUAUGUGUCCUGAGAGUAGAUGAUCAGAGAUGAACCCUCUGCAUGUUAAGUGUAGAUUCUCUGAAAUGCAUCAGUGUAUCCCUGCAACAUGUAGAUUUAAGCUCAGCCCUAGUUGUUAGUUUUGGAAAUCCAAAUUAGAAGCUAAAGAAGCUAAGUUAUAAUCAUUUGAAAGUCAAAAUUCAGGCGUCGACUCUGCUACUUAGCGUAUAUUCAAUAGACAAUAGAGAUUUACAAGGAUUUAAGAUGGCCAAAAUGUAGACAGAAUGGUUUUUGUUUUUUAAGUCACUGCUGUACAUUACAAGUGUCUAUUCUAUUCAUGCCUUUUGUCUUUUCUAUUGUUAAAUUACAAUGCCAGCACAAACUGUAAAUUGAUUUUGAUUCUCCAUAUUAAAUGUUAUUUUUUGUUAUUAAACUAUCUGUUUAUUAUGCCUUUUCCCAACUGAUGACGGCUCAGUGUUUUUCAUGUUUCACCAAGAGUCAACUUUCCUAAAACAGAAGAUUAUUUUGUUACUGUGUUUGUGAGGUAUACUUUCCAAAAUAAGUUGAAGCAAUGGCUUAUUAAAGGAAUACUUCACCCAUCAA